AUGGCAUCAGUAGUUGCUGAUGAGGUCUCGGAAGUGGGAGUCCUUCCAACCGGAUCACAUCAGCGCGGCACCAAUAGGUACGGUACGCCGAUCAAGGCCGGCUCAUUCCAGGCAACUAGAUGGAUACUACUCGUAUACUACUACUACUACUACUACUACUACUACUACUACUACAUGCUGGCUUGA